UCCGCCGCACCGCCGCCUGGUCCCCGAGAUGCGAGAGCCCGCAGCCGCGCUGCCACAGCUCCUGGCCCUGGCGGGCUUUCCCCACGGGCGCGCCUGAGCCUCCGAGCCGAGCGGCCCCGGGGCAAAGACAAUGAUCCCGCCAGGGGAGUGCAUGUACGCGGGGAGGAAAAGAAGGAAGCCCAUCCAGAAACAGAAGCCCGCUGGGGGCGCUGAGAAGUCGAACCCUUCCAAGCGGCACCGAGACCGCCUCAAUGCCGAGCUGGACCACCUGGCCAGCCUGCUGCCGUUCCCACCAGACGUGGUCUCCAAGCUGGACAAACUCUCAGUCUUGCGUCUCAGCGUCAGUUACCUCAGGGUGAAGAGCUUCUUCCAAGCCGUGCAGGAGAAGUGCCCACUGCGACCGGCAGUCAGUGCCCCCUCACCCGGAGCCAGUGGUCCUCACGGAGGCUCAGCCGUGCUGGAGGGAAGGUUGCUGCUGGAGUCCCUGGACGGCUUUGCUCUGGUCGUGAGCGCGGAAGGAGUGAUAUUUUAUGCCUCGGCCACAAUCGCAGACUACCUGGGCUUCCACCAGACGGAUGUGAUGCACCAAAACAUUUAUGACUACAUCCACGUGGACGACCGCCAGGACUUCUGCCGGCAGCUGCACUGGGCCAUGGACCCUCCGCAGGUGGUGUGUGGGCAGCCCCUGCACUCGGAGACAGGAGAGGAUGCUGUCCUGGGGAGGCUGCUCAGGGCCCAGGAGGGGGCCACGGGCCCCUCCGAGUACUCGGCCUUCCUGACUCGCUGCUUCAUCUGCCGCGUGCGCUGCCUGCUGGACAGCACCUCGGGCUUCCUGACAAUGCAGUUUCAAGGAAAACUAAAAUUCCUGUUUGGACAGAAGAGGAAGGCACCGUCGGGCACCGUCCUGUCCCCUCGGCUCUCACUGUUCUGCGUUGUGGUACCCGUCCUCCUGCCUGCUGUGGCAGAGAUGAAAAUGAAGGGCGCAUUCUUGAGGGCAAAGCACAGGACAGACAUCCCAGCCACAAUGGACACAAAAGCAAAAGCCACCAGGAGUCUGUGCGUGUCAGAAUUGCAUGGGAAACCCAAUUACAUAGCAGGAAGAAACAACGGAGAAAAUGGCAUUUCGGUGUUCAGGGCACAGAUGGAUGCCUGCCGCUGGGCCCGGGUUCCAGCCAGGGCCACGUGUCUGUGCCUCCGGGGUGGCCCUGACCUCGUCCUUUACCCCGAGGGGGCUGCAGGGGACUGGGGAGGAGAGGAGCACAGGCGGGUGCCAGGCAGCUCCUCCGGGGCGAGGAGGAGAAGGCGGGAAAUACAUGCCUAUGACUGCUGCUUCGAGACGCCGGGACCCAUGAGGCAGCUGAACUGGGCGACAGGGAAACAUGGUCAGGAUGGCACCAAGCUGAAGCUGGAGCCCAGCAGGAGUGACCCCUUCUCUGUGCAUGCCACGCCCCGGGGCUCCUGCCUGCCCUACCCCGGCACCCCAGGCACUGUCCCUGCCUUCAGGAACUCACCUGGCUCGCAGCAGUCCCCCAGUGCAUACACCAGCCAGCCGAGCAGAGCCUUUCGCGAUGGUGAUCAGGGCCAAGUACACCCCCCCACCAGCUGUCCUUUCCCCCAGGGAAGCCUGGAAAACCAGUUCCCUCAGCCUGGAGUACAGUGCCUCGCAGCAGGGGGCUACUCCACCGAGGACAUCAAGUUGCCAGGUGUGCCCAUGCCCCUGGAGGCCCCAUGCAACCCCAUGUUGUCACUCAACGUGCCCAUCAAGAUGGAGAGUGACUCUGGGUCUGAGGACGCAGCAGAUGGCUACUCUGUGUCCCCAGGCCAGGUGUGGCUGGGAACCAGUGAUGUGGCCAAGAGACAGCUGGUCACUUUCCCUACCAGGAUGCACUUAAAAACAGAGCCAGACUCCAAGCACCACCUGUACCCCCCACACCUGGGGCAUGGCAUGCUGGGGGCUCCCCCCAGGCCUGGCAGGGAGCUGGCCCCAUUCCACCCUGCACACUUCGUCUGCCUGGAGCAUGGCCAUGGCCCUCCCGAGCCGGAGCCUCCCCCCUGCCUCUGUGUGCGGAGCCACCGGCCCCCCACCCUGGGCUGUGACUGCAGAGCUCCCGGGACCACACCCAUGAUCAAGCUUGAGCCCUUGGACUCCCCACCGUGGGCUGCUCACAACCAGGGUGGGGUGCCCAGAAUGCUCCCCAGAAGUGCCUUGGCGACACUGGUGCCUCCCAAAGCCUCUGAAUGCUCUUUUCUGCCAUAGAUCUAGGUGUUUGUUAAAAGUGACGUCUGUCCAUGCUCCGAUUCACCUGUCAGCUGGGAUGAAUGGCAGGGGCAGGUCGGAGCCUCUCUUCAGUGACUCUCUGCAGAGUUGCACCAGUUCAGUCCCCUGUUAUAUGUUACACGCAAGAGCACAUUCUGUGUUUUGUAAAAUAUCACCGAAGUUCUUAAGUGCAAAGUGGCCUUAAGUCAGUUCCAAUAUGACAGUAUUUCUCUCUGAGGGAUUAAAUUUCUUUAGGAAGCGACCACUGUGGGGCAUGCAGGCCUCAGGGUGUGCACUCCAUCAGGGCCUUGAGAGGUGGCAGCAGGCUCUGGCCUGACUGUCAGUCAUGUCCACAGUGCAUGCAGGCUGUUGAGGUGAAGUUCCUGUGGCCCCACACCUGCCUCGCAGCUCCUGGCUUGAAUUCAGAGAGCCACCCCACCCUGGGGAUUCCACUGCCAGCAGUAACUCAGGGCUGUAACUCUCUGAGCUGCAGGUGGCUGGUCACCCAUUCGUGGAAAGAAUCUGCGAAGUUCCAGGCAGAAGGCAUGGUGGGCACCAGGUUUUGCAGCAUGUGCUCUGUGACUCUCGGCGGAGGUAGAGGCCAUACCGGAGUGGAGAUUCGUAGGGCAAUGUCCAGUUUCUCCCAGAAGUCUCUCUGAGGUUUGGAAUGGGCCUUUGAAGACGUUUUAUGCUUAUCUGUAUCUUGGUGCAACAUGUCACAUAGAGUUCCCAGACUCUGGGUUUGGAGGUAGAGGUUGCAAACGUAGGGAAAAGAAACAGGAGGUCUCGUUGUGCUGCUGUCUUGCUGACUGUCCACAGUUUUUCAAAUGAGGACUCCUAUCACCAUCCCAGGAAGAAUUGUUACAGAAAAGGCAGGCAGGUAACUUUUUUCAUUGAAAAUGUAAUACAUCCUGAUUGUAGAGAAUUUGGAUACAAAGCAUAAAUCAGAAAGCAAAGGCGACCCCCAGUCUCCCCAGAGAUGGCUUGUGACUGAUGGCAAAGUUCCAGGGGGGACUCCAGGGCACCCCAUCAGGUUGUGGAAACCGGCAACAGGCAGGAGGAGAGGUCACAGCAGGUAGGCUUUGGGGGCAAAGGACAUCUGUCCUUAAAGUGGCCUCCCAUUGGGCAUCUAGGGAGGUGGCAGGAGCCCCUGAGUGAGCAAUUGCUGUUCCACCAUCUGGAAAUUCUGCUCUUCCGUGUGUGGUUUUUCCUCUCUGUCAUCGGUGGCUUUGGGGUAUCAGUGUUCAGUUCCUGGGUUAAUGCUGAAACUGGUUGGUAAGAGCCACCCUGAGGACCAGCCACGCAGAGGACCUGCUACCUGUGAGGAUCAGCCACCUGUGAGGACCAGCUGCUCUGAGGACCACCUACUUCCCCUCUCACCUCAUGCUGGCCCAGCAUCUCCUGUCUGCCCAGUUCUCACGCCCUGCACAGCACACCUCUGCUCUCUGGGUAUCUAUAGAUUUUAUUUCAAAGACAAGAGGUGGAGUUUCGGAAUCUUCUGCCUCCUUCCUGUUCAAACUGAGUGCCCACUCCUCAUCGCCAGAAGCCCCUGCGCAUCUCUCGGGAGUAGCCGCCUGCUCUCUGUGCUCCCACCUGGGAGAGCUCUCCCUCAGCUCCUCCUCUCACUUCAUUCAACUGAGAGGGUGCAGGCCACUGCCCUUCCCCACCUUCGGAUGCUGCAGAGGGCAGUACUGCACAUGCGUAAUGUGUAACUAUGAAAAUAGGGGACUAAAAAGAUGGAAUUCAGAGAUGCCGUUGCGUGUUUGCACACUGUAGCCAGAUCCCAGCGUAACUGAAGGAGAGCUGCAGGCUUGAACGUCCCGGGAGGAGAAGCCUUCCCAAACAUACUCCGUGGCCCCUGCCAACGGGGCGAGGCACCUGCGGUGCCCUGUCCCGCCCGCGUCAGUGCUCGUGCUGCCCCACCCCCUCCCUCAUGUUCAGGUGAACCUGUCAGUCCGCAUUCUCGCUGGCCCACGUGCACCAGACCGGUCAUUGUUGGGUGGACAGGGCAUGCUUGUUGCUGCAGAAUUCAGCAUCUGGACUUCAACGCCAUAGGUUUUCUGUCCUCGAGGCUGUCCCGUGCUUGGGCCCAGGUUCCUUCCUCUGCCGGGUCAGCAGCAACAAAACUUCCCUGAGUCAGU